AUGUCUUCUCACGUGGUCGUCGUUUCGCCUGAUGUCAAACGGGUCAGCGUCAAGGUCAACCCUGGGACAUACAUGUUCGAUGUUCUCGAGGAGGCUUGCAAGAAGUUGAACUUAGAGGUGGACAAGUGGUCUCUUAAGCACCAGAAGAAUGUGAUCAAUCUCAGCGAUCAGUUUCGCAUCACUCGUCUUACGCCAGGGGCCAAACUUGAACUUGUAGCAAGUUCCAAGACAACCUCGGUGGUGAAUGUCGCCCUCAAGCUUCCAGAAGCCGAAGCCAAGACAGUUCCUAAUGGCCGUCUUAUGGAGAAAUUCAGGAGUGAUACUACGCUAUGGAAGAUGCUGCGGUCAUUCGAGUCCAAGGGGUCCCCGUCUGGCCACACAUUAAACUUCACUGACAGAGGCAUACCUCAGACCAGCAACGGUACGCAGGCAGGCAGUGGGCAGCUGUACUAUGAGAUGCCAUCACUUCGGAUCAUGAGCCGGGAGAUAUCGACUCUUGCGGACUUUCAGAAGACUCUUGCUCAACUGGGCCUGACGUCGGGGAGCCAUAUGAUCCAGCUUUCUUUCAAGUCCACAGACAAGACGCUCAACGACGCUAUGCAGGAAAUCUCCCAGUUCUUCAAAGAGGAGAAAAAAGCAGAAGCAAAAGAGAAGGGUGCUGUAGCUGGAGCAACGCCAGUCCAGACUCAAUCGCUCUUGGACGCGCCCAACCCCGAGAGCGUCGGCAGUAGCAGUCUGCAGGCUCCUUUAGUUGCAGAAACAGGUGCAGCAGCCCCUGAUGGCUCAAGAGGUGUUGAACCAGCGCAGUCGAGAACAUCGCCAGGGAACGCGCUGUCAGUUGAUGGCCAGUCGGACGAGGUGGUCUCACAGUCGGUCGACGCUAUGGAAGUUGACGAUGGGAACACACAGCCUCGGUCAACUGAUGACGGGGAUCCUGUCCCUGGCUCGAACACUUCAAAUCUUCAGCCUGUCAACAUCUUCUCCGCGCCCACAAACACCACGCCGGCCGCCGCCUCGGUGCAUGUUCCCGACUCUGUUUACACGCCGACAAUAGCACAUGCUCAGGCACAUCAACAGAAGCUGCAGGCGAGUGCCAUCAAUAAGCGGCUCAAGUCCGAUGCGGAGCUUGCAGCAGAGGCUCAAGCCGAGGAGGCGAAGGCAGCAGCGGUGAAGAAGAUUGAUGUGAAAGUGCGAUUUCCAGACGAAACAUCGGCGCAAUGGAGCUUUGGGCCCAAGGAUACCGGUGCAACCGUCUACAAGGCAGUCCGGGAGGUAAUGGCGAAUGACUCCGCCCCAUUCAAGCUGGUAUUACCUGGGGUUCCAUCUCCUUCGAACCUCAUCAAAGAUGAUGAUGGAGUGAAGCAUACCCUCGUCCGAGGUUACAAGCUGUCGGGGCGUGUUCUUGUCAAUCUUGUCUGGGAGAAUGAGGUAUCGCAAAAUGUCAAGAAGGCGCCGUUCCUGAAAGACAGCUACGCCAGCCAGGCGAAGAAGGUGGAGCCUGCAAAGGCUCCCCAAGAAGAAGAGGAGGAUGAGAGCAGUGCUCCAGCUCCAGUUGCACCCCCACCUCAGUCACAGAGCAACGACAGCGGUAGCAGCCGCAAAAUGCCGAAGUGGCUCAAGGGCCUAUCAAAGAAAUAG